GCAGUGGCGAAGCAACACAACGGAAACGUCCAACACACACACACACACACACACACAAAGCUUCAGUGCGAGGCACGACCGACCCACCCCGUUCAUAUCUGACGAUCUCGUUCGUUGUUCUUCUGCAAGCACGCAACGACCAUGGGCAAGUGUGUUCUUGUGACUGGUGGUGCUGGCUACAUUGGAAGCCACACCGUGAUUGAGCUCAUCAGCGCCGGCUACGACGUGGUGAUCGUGGACAACCUCGUCAACUCCUGCAAAGAGGCCGUCGAUCGGGUGAGCGAGCUUGUGGGCAAGCCCAUCACCUUCUACGAAGUCGAUCUCAUGGACAAAGUCGCGCUAGAAGACGUCUUCAAGAAACACGAGUUCUGGGGUGUGAUCCACUUUGCAGGGCUCAAGGCCGUGGGCGAGAGCACGAAGAUUCCCCUCAAGUACUACCACAACAACAUCACGGGCACGCUGAUCCUGCUGGAAGUGAUGCAAGCGCACGGCGUGAAGAACCUCGUGUUCUCGUCCUCCGCCACGGUGUAUGGCGACCCGCAGCGCCUGCCCAUCGACGAGGAGCACCCCGUUGGCGGCUGCACCAACCCAUAUGGCAAGACGAAAUACUUCAUUGAGGAGAUUUGCCGCGACUUUGCGCUUGCAAACGCAGACUGGAACAUUGUUCUCCUCCGAUACUUCAACCCCAUUGGCGCCCACAAGUCGGGUCGCAUCGGCGAGGACCCGCAGGGCAUCCCAAACAACCUCCUCCCUUACAUCGCACAGGUGGCUGUGGGCCGGCGAGAGCAAGUGAACGUGUUUGGCAACGAUUACAACACCCCAGAUGGCACGGGUGUUCGCGAUUACAUCCACGUUGUUGAUCUUGCUCUCGGUCACGUUGCGUCCCUGAAGCGCCUUGACCAGGGCUGCGGCUGCGCCGUCUACAAUCUCGGCACGGGCAAGCCUGCGUCUGUGCUUGAGAUGAUUGCGGCCUUCUCCAAGGCGUCGGGGAAGGAGAUCAAGUACGAGAUUGGCCCCCGCAGGCCAGGCGACAUUGCAUCCUGUUACGCAGACCCGAGCAAGGCGGAGCGUGAGCUUGGCUGGAAGGCAACACGCACCGUUGAAGAGGGGUGCGAGGACUCAUGGCGGUGGCAGAGCGCCAACCCGUAUGGCUUCAAGGCUGCAGAGCAGUGAUGGUAGCGAGGACCAAUGCCUCGCUUUUGCUGACCCCACCAUCCACCACCAACCUUGCUGCUGCUGCUGCUGCUGCUGCUGCUGCUGCUGCUGCUGUUGUUGUGUUAUUGGCUGCUCUUUGGCAGCACUCGGUUGACGUUGUUCCAAUGAAACUGGCCAAGCAACCUCCAUGCACAGCAAAGCACUCCCGC